UUGUGUGUUGUCUUGGAACUGGAGACAUGCACUGGCGUGUUGGUUUACAAUUGGCUGCCAUUACCUUCUUCUUUCUCUUCAUCUAAUAUUAACUAACUCCUCAGUGCUAUCCACUGGCCAGUCUGUUCGCGACUGCAACCGCUGUCUGUCGGCUUUCCUACUCAGGGUUGUUGUCAUUAUGUGUCAUCUACAGCUGAGGACAUUGAUUUUUGUAGCGUGGGUGCUGGGCUACAUCGCCUUUCUGCUCUCCAUCAGGAGGAUGUGGACGGGGAAGUACGUCCGUAGUCCACUCGUCCGGUCACUGUUUAUGAACAUGGUGAGCGAGAGCGAAGCGGCCGCGGCUGAGACGCAAGAGUGGUACCAGUGCUGUCCGGACCUGCUCGGAGAAUCAGUGCAACCCCUGUUUGUCCAAAGCCAUCUGGACUCCGACACCAAGGCUUUUCUCAAACGGAGCGUGGAGAAGUCUGGCUGGCUGUUCACCCAGCUCUACCACUCUUUCGUAUCAACGGUCCUCGGCCCUCUGGUCUCCCGCACUUCCAUCAACGGGUUUCUGGGUCGUGGCUCCAUGUUUGUGUUUUCCGCGGAGCAGUUCCAGCAGCUGCUCCGGAUCGGCCCAGAGUGGAGGGCUGAGAGGCUACUGGACCUCGGAGCUGGGGAUGGAGGCGUCACAGAGGUGAUGGGGGCCCAUUUCAGAGAGGUCUACGCAACUGAGGUCUCAUUACCCAUGAAAUGGCAUCUUCAAAGGAGGAAUUACAAGGUGCUAGGGAUAGAUGAGUGGCAGCAGACUGGUUUCCAGUACGAUGUGGUCAGCUGUCUGAACCUGCUGGACCGCUGCGACGAUCCUCUGCACCUCCUGCGGGACAUCCGGCGAUCGCUGGUUCCCAACACCGGGAGACUCAUCCUGGCUGCGGUGCUUCCCUUCCAGCCUUACGUGGAAAUCGGAGGAAGAUGGCAGCGUCCCAAAGAACACCUGAAAGUAAAAGGAAAAACUUGGGAGGAGCAAGUAACUGAACUGUCCAAUGAGGUUUUCCGAAGGGCGGGGUUUGAGGUGGAGGCUGUGACCCGGUUGCCAUACCUCUGUGAAGGGGACAUGUAUAACGAUUACUACGUUCUCGAUGAUGCAGUUUUUGUUCUCAAGGCCUCAGAAGAUAGUUCAGAGCCUGCACACUGAAUUCCAAAUGCAUCAUGGGACUGUCGGAGGCCCUUAUUUUGCUGUAUCUUGUUUGUUUACUCCGGGCAGGAUUUUAAUGCAAUUCUCAUAAGCUUCAUUCAUAAAACGCAGUACUUUGACUUGUUUAGAAGUGGUGAGUCAGGUGUGAAGCUCAGGUACUGUAGUUCCUACAUUUACCAGCCAUCGUGUGUGACCGUGAUACCUCCUACUUUUUAAGCAAAAAAUAACUGGAUAGCAGUUUGCCUGUAUUGAAACUCCACUGAAGAUCAAAUUUUGUAAGACAUAUCAAUAUGUUGUAGGUGUUUGUUAUGUAGUCUGUUGUUUGUGGGGAAUGUUUACUGUUAGUUUCAUCAUUCUGUAAUAUCAGUGGGAAUAAUCAUGGUUGAAUCUUUGUUGAUUUUGUAAUUUGUUCUGUGCCUAAUGCAAAGGACCAGUGUACGCACACACACUUGAUUUAAUCCCUCUGGAUUGGGUUUGUUGUAUUUUAAAGGUGCUAUCAGUGAUAUUCUUUUGUUACAAUAAGUGUUGAAUAGCUCCACAUUCUGACAGCCAUCACUUUGUCCAGUCAGUAUCAUGGGUCUCCCAGUCCCUACUUUCUGCAGGAAAUGGAUAAUACAUUUUCUAUCACCUGUUCCCACUUUAUCCAAUCAAGAGAGAGAACUCCACAAAGAGGCGGUCCUAAAGGGCAGGCAGCAGAAUUUGGCUGCGUUUCAUUAGUAGUUCCACUUCCCCUCGUUCACUUACCCUCAGCCCUUGGUAUGACGUAACAGCAUACGUCGCACGGAGGCCAACUUGGACCGCGGAGGGAAAGUGGGCGGGAGGA